AUGGCCGCCGCCGACGGGGCGCGGCGCGCGGCCCGCGGGCUGUACGAGCUGCUGGGCGUGCCGGCCAGCGCCACGCCGCAGAUCAAGGCGGCCUAUUACGAGCAGAGCUUCCGCUGCCACCCGGACCGCAACGCGGGCAGCGCGGAGGCGGCGCGCGCUUCACGCCUGCACCAGGCCUACGCCGUGCUGGGCAGCGCCGCCCUGCGCCGCAAGUACGAGGGGCGCGCUGAGCGCGAGGAGCUGCGCUCGGCCACCAGGCCCCCGCCCCGCGCGCCCGGCCCGCCCGCCGCGCCCGUUCGCCCCGCCCGCCCCCGCGCGCCCGUCUUCGACUUCGACGCCUUCUACCGCGCCCACUACGGCGAGCAGCUGGAGCGGCAGCAGCUGCUCCGCCAGCGGCGCCAGCGGCGCCAGCGGCAGCGGGAGGAGGCGGCCAGGAGGUGGCAGGCGGACCGGCUGGCGCAGUUCUCGGUCGCCGCGCUCCUGCUCUCCGCCAUGGCGCUGCUGGUCGGCAUGAAGUGAAGGCCCGGAGCUCCCCGCGGGCCGCAGAAUGCGCCUCGCCGCGCCCCGGGACUUGGCCCAAGGUUUGGGUUGUGCCGAUGGACAGGCCCGCAUGGGGACGGGUCGCCGCGGAGAGAUCUACGGUUCGGGCCUCGUGGUUUUGCAAGGACACCUUGGGGGAGCUGGAAUGCCAUUAAAAUAUCUUCACAAACCGGUUUGAGAUCCCGAUUCCUUCCCUGCACGUGGGGACAAAUGUAAUUACCCUUCCACAUCAGAACUCUCCUCUGACACUUGCCUGCUAAGAGCAGAGUUCAGGGAGCUGCCCUUCACCUGCCAGCCUUGGAGAUGUUUCUACCACUCACUGCGGGGGAACGAAUGCAGCUUUCUGCUGGGUUUUACGUGUUAGUAGAAUUCUCUUCCCUGAACUGUGGUUCUAGUGGGUGUAAAAUGCAUUUCAGUUCACCUUUUGAGGCUCAAAUCCUGCAGUCUCAUCCAAACAGAGUCCUCUGGACCUGCCCACUUCAGGGAUGUCUACACUUAAAAUGCUAAAGUGACACAGCUGUGCCAUUUUAGCGCUUCAGUGUAUACUGUGUACGCCGACAGGAGGGAUUCUCCCAUCGGUGUAGGUAAUCUGCUUCCCUGAGAGGCAUUAGCUAGGCCGAUGAAAUAAUUCUUGUCAACCUAGCUCUGCCUACGCAGGGGUUAAAUUGGUAUAACUGUGUCUCAGGGGUGUGGAGUUUUCACAGCCCUGAGAGGUAGCUCUACUGAUGUAAAUUCCUAGUGGAGAGUAGGCCUAAAAUCAGAUUGUAGGGUGAGCCUAACUAGGCUCCUCCCUAUUUUUUGCACUUUAUGAAUGAGUAGAUUGUAUUCUCACUGGUGCUGAAGAGUAGUUUGCUAUGGGUCUUGAGUUAUCAAGAACUGACAGAUGCUGUCUCCACAAUGUAUAGGUAGCUGGGUGCUCUUACCACCUUUCUGAUGUACUGAAUUUCAGGGCUACCAUUGCCUGACUGUCACUCAGCUGGACUUGCCGCCUUUAGUUUUGGCUCCCCUGCGCCUCUUUGUCAGACCUACUUGACUUCUAGUACACUUGGUCCCAAAGGUUUUUGGGUUCAUUAGAACAGCUUAGGAUGGCAGUAGCAAAUAUUCUGUCUUGCGAUGUGAGGCCACCUGCCUGAGUCUACAGGUAGAGAAGGGUUCUUGUCUCCCCACUUUUUAGGGUCUUCCAUAAACACCGCUCAAUGUUUAAGCUGUGGGGAGCCUGCCCUGUCUAGGGCUGAUGUACUUGGCUCCAACCUAUCUUCCCAAAGGGCUUCAUAACUUGGAAGCGUAGCAUUCUGAGUACUGAACUUCAUUGUGUCCUGAUCUGUGUCUCCUGUGUGUAAGAGGUGUUCAGACAAAUAGGGAUAUUAUAUUUAUAUGUAAUGAAAUGUUGAGGUGGUUUAAGACAGAGAAUGUUGCAGUAGAAGCUACCUUCUUUCUUCUGCAGGUGAGGGUUUUACAUGUGUUUCACUUGGACUUUGCCACACAGUAUAGAGUGAACAAAACCCAUAGCUGAAAAUGGACACCACAAGGUAGCUGUUGGAGUGCCAAGGAUUUCACUUUCCUACUUUCUCAUUUGCAUUGGAUCCACUGUGCUUGGCUCGUAGCCUUGAGCACUGAAUCCCAGCACUCUGCCUCUCACUGCAGGAAAUUAUUUCCCUGUAAAUAGGGAAAUGCAUAGAACAGAUCCGUGAAACAACCAUAGAAUCCAGAGAUGCCCUCUGUCUCAUCAGAGGAACACUUGCCCUGUGGGUGAGGGUUCUACCACAAGAAGUGUUGUGAGGUAAAAGGACUGCUUUGCUUGUCCCUCUCUCAUUUGGUAUUAGGCACUGAGUCUAAUCCCCCUGGCCGGCCUAGGGGGGUGGGAGUUCUAGCUCCCAGCAUUGCCGUCUUAUCAGGAAGUGCUAGGAGUCUGGGAGAGAGGCCUGGAUUAGAUUCCAUGGAGUGAGAGAGGUUUGGAGUGCUGGGACUUCCAGUCCUACUUCUAUUAAUGCUCCUCAGCUGAGGGUUCUCUAGCUGCAUUUGGUCUGCAGUGUGGACUUGACGCUGUUGUAUUUCAGGCCAAGUCUGAUUAGGAUUUGGCCUUCGAAUUUGACAACUCUCCCAGUCAUAGCAUCUGGAAGAGGCCAGGUCACGUGGAAACGUGAUGGAGAAGUAGGUUGGGGAAACUGUUUCUCCCUCUGAUCCCCAGUGCAAAGGUUUAUGGGCUCCUCAUGCAGUCCCGCUUAGGGCCCUUUGAGUUGGCACUUAUUUUAUGUCUGCAGAAUGCCCAGUGUCUGGGAAUCUUGGGUCUUCCCUUGCAUGCAGACUCCAUGUACAGUUGUGAGCUCUGCUGCUGGGCUGUGUCAUGGCUUGGUACGGUGCAGUGAGGAUUUUCCACACUGGUGCCUGGGAGGAUCCUGCAAAGAACAUUUUCGUUCCUAAUUCAUUUAAUGUUACCAUCUUCAAUUGGAGUAGGAAUAAACUUGCACAACUAUGCCAGACAUGUGCACUGCCCCUGGCACACUUAGGCUGGAAGAGGGGCCAGGUUAUUCCACCGAAGUAGGCACCUCUGUGAAUUGCAUAUACUCUUGGUGAUUGGCUGGGUCUGAUUCAGAGGUGGAAUAUACUGAGACAAGUCACUGUAUUAACCCAUGUGCUCUAAGAAUAUGCCCUAGAAUGUGGACCUGUAAAAGGAAAAUGCAGCUGUUGCCAAGAAUAUUAAAAGUUGGACAUAUCGUG